AAGAAAAAAAGAGUAUAAUUUAGACCACUGUUGCCUUACCUACCGAGCUAAAUAACUGUCGGCAAACCUCUGUUUAGACACAAAAACCCACACACAAAAAAAAAAAAAAAAAACUUUCUUUAGGUCGUUUUUUCUCUUGUACAUUCUAAAGCCUCCUUGUUGUUGGUGGUGGCUCCGCCGCCAGAUCACCGGAGACACACGCAACAAUGCAGCACCGCCGCAGUGAUUCUUCUGGGUUUGUACGGCCAGCUUGGUUUCGUUAUGCCGUUUUGCUGGUUGUACACUGUCGUUUGGUGGUUGAUGUGUCUGCUAAAGGCGCUCAACCCCAGCCGCAGCACACCCUGACGGACCUGCAUUGGAAACCCGCCACCGCCACCUGGUACGGAAGCCCCGAAGGCGACGGCAGUGACGGUGGGGCGUGCGGAUACGGGUCGUUGGUGGACGUGAGGCCACUGAGGGCGAGAGUGGGGGCGGUGAGUCCAGUGCUGUUCAAGAACGGGGAAGGUUGUGGGGCGUGCUACAAGGUGAAGUGUCUGGACAACAACAUCUGCUCGCGGAGGGCGGUGACCAUCGUUGUGACGGACGAGUGCCCCGGCGGCUACUGCGCAAACGGCCGCACCCACUUCGACCUCAGUGGUGCAGCAUUCGGGCGCAUGGCUCUGGCCGGGGAGGGAGGACAGCUCAGGAACCGAGGAGAGCUUCCCGUUAUUUACCGCCGGACACCAUGUAAAUAUCCUGGAAAGAACGUUGCCUUCCAUGUCAAUGAAGGCUCAACAAAUUAUUGGCUUUCUCUUCUGGUGGAGUUUGAGGAUGGAGAUGGAGACGUUGGGGCAAUGCAUAUAAGAGAAGGAAGUUCUAACCAGUGGCUAGAAAUGAGCCAUUUAUGGGGAGCAAAUUGGUGCUUUAAUGGGGGGCCCUUGAAAGGACCAUUUUCAGUGAAGUUAAAGACACUUUCAACAGGAAGGACUCUCUCUGCCAGAGACGUUAUUCCCAGCAAUUGGUCUCCAAAAGGAACUUACACUUCUCGCUUCAACUUCUUCUCUUGAAUUAAAAUUCCCGACUUUCACAAAAAAGAAAGCCAACUCCUUUUUUCCCCCCAUUUGUAUGCCCUGAAAGGCUCUCCCUGGUUUGGUUUCCCACGACACCAAAAGUAGCCGUUGUCGGGUUGUUCUUCUUUUCUUUUUUUUUUUUUUUUUUUUUUUUUUUUUUUUUUUUUUUAGGGAAAAGUAGCCGUUGGAAUGCACAACAAAUAAUAGCAUAGCAUCCGAUGCUCUUCCCUUUUUCUUUUCUUUUUUUUUUUCUUUUUUUUUUGUUUGUUGUUAAUCUUUUCUUGUGGGUUAGAGUGUGGAAACUGGUUUUUUUUUUGAUAAUUCAGUGUGGAAACUGGUUAGUAGAUAUGUAGCCCCUCUCCAAAGGAGAGAGAGCGUAUGUUGUUGACUUUUUGUUUGCUUUGUAACUUGUAAGUUUGUGGGCCCUGUCUUUAAUGAAUGUGGACCGUUGAUCCCAAGUAUUUUAAUUAAC